AUGCCUACUGAUGACAAUGAUGAGCUCGAAGGCCUUGAAAGAGAAGCCAAGGAAUUCGAUAAGGAUGCAGAAAUCGAUCGUAUUCUCAACGCAUUCAAGCUCGAUGCAUACGCUGUUCUAGGUCUGCAACCGGGAAUGCCGGAGUCCGACAUCAAGAAGGUCUAUCGCUCCAAGUCCCUUUUGAUCCAUCCAGACAAGACGAAGAACCCCCGAGCUCCCGAUGCGUUCGACCGAUUGAAAAAGGCCUCGACGGAACUUUCCGACGAGAAGCAUCGGACGCAACUUGACGAGGCCAUCGCCGACGCACGUAUGCUCCUAAUGCGCGAGAAGAAGUGGGACAAAGACAACGAGGAGCUAAAGAGUGAAGAGUUUGCGCGUGAAUGGCGCGACAAGACCCGUGAGGUGCUGAUCGACGCAGAACUGCGCAGGCGCAAGCAGCUUAAGGCGCAAAUGCAAGAGGAAGGUCGUGCGCAAAAGAAAGAAGACGAGGAGUUGGCAGAGCGCAAAAGAAAGCGAGACCAUGACCAAGCUUGGGAGGCCAGUCGUGAGAAGAGAAUUGACAGUUGGCGGGAUUUCAACAAGAAGGGCAAGCAAAACACUCCUGCGAAGGGCACUCCUGCAGCUGGCGGGGAUGGUGGGGCUAAGAAGAAGAAGAAACUGAAAACACUUGGAUGA